CAGUUAUUUCAAUUCCUUCCAAAUGGGGAAAUAGCAUUUGAAUUACGAGCAUGAACGACUGUAGUUUAUUACUAUAGUUCACCCGUCACCUUCUUUGCACAACAGAUGUGACAGCGGAGGACGUGAGCAAGCAAAAAAGUUGCGACGAGCUGAAUGGCCCCCGGAACAAAAAGCCCCGUCUACCCAAUGAUGACGUGAAAGUCCACAUGUCCUUGCCUCGCGCCCCGAGACAGAUGGGCAGUUCUAACCUCUGGCAGUCGUCCCACGUCGCCGCAUCCUGCCUCCAGGAGAAGCGUCGGAGGAAGUUGAAGGAGAACCGCGGGGUGUCGUCACUCCUGGCGCUCUCAUCCGAUGACGACCUCGAAAAGCCCGCGGGGAAACAUCUGCGCAAGACCAAGCACACGAGCGAGGCGGCGGAGGAGGCAGACGAGGAAAGAGGUGAUGGUGAGGGCGGGAUUGUGCGGGUUGCCUCCGACUCAUGCUCGCCACCUUUGCAGCCAAGCUUUGCCGUCGAACCUGCAGGAGACGAGACGCCGUUGCAGCAUGACGCCCGGCCGGGACGCGAAGAGGGGGCGCUCGACUGUCUGCAGCAGAGGCUCUGCAACAUCAACCACAGAGACGAUGCCGGCUAUUGCGCCCUGCAUGAGGCCUGCACUCGAGGCUGGCUCACGAUUGUGCGCCACCUGGUGGCGCACGGGGCAGAUGUCAACUGCAGCGCUCAGGAUGGAACCAGGCCGUUACAUGACGCUGUUGAGAACAACCACGUGGAAGUGGUACGUUUCCUGCUGGCCUGCGGCGCCGACCCCACCCUGACCUCUUGCUCCGGAAGAGGACCAAUAGACAUGACCGGCAGUGUUGCCAUGGAAACCUUCUUAGAGGAAUAUCUGGCUGAUCUCCAGGGAAGGCCGGAAGGGGAUUCUGGAAUCUGCUGGGAUUUUUAUGGCAGUUCCGUGUGCGAGCCAUCCACUGAGGGCGGAGUUUACAACAUCCUGGCCCACCCGCCGGGGCCUGAAGAGGAGGACGAGACAGAACGGCGGCUCGGAAGGGAGGAGUUUGAAAUUGAGCAACCGCUGCUUCCCUGCUACACCCUGCAGGUUUCACCGGCAACGGGUCCUCGGAACUGGCUCCUCCUCCGCGACGUCUUGGCUCAUCUUCAAAUGACAGCUCACACCUUCCGUCGCCUCUUCCCGCAUGUCGAAGUUCUCACCAUCCCAGAGGCCGACUUCCACCGCCAGACAUCGCUGUCGCAGCCUUGUGCGCAUCCUGCUCAACGGGCCGCCAAGGACUGGCUGCACUUAGUGGAAGCUACGCCGGAAAUGUCCGCCGUGCUCGGCUCCUCCAUCGAAUUUGUGAACAACCGGGAGCCGCCGGUUGUCUCGAACGUAUCUCCAAGGCCGGCACCACCACCAUCACCACCACCAUCAUCAUCGCCGGGUGUCCCAGUUCCCCCAUCACAUGCAAGCGACAUGACAGUGGAAAGGACGGCAAAUGCGAGCAGCUGUGUCACACACAACCAAGAGAUCAUCAAUACGUUGGAAGCUAAAAAUAAUAAGAAUAGCGGUCCUUCCUCAAAGACGGACUCCGUUGCGUGUGAAGUGCAGCACUUGCAAAACAGAGUCACAGUAAGUACACACUGUGGUUCCGAGGAGCACUCGCAAUGUGGCGAAAUCACCGAUGCGCACGCCAGCAAUCGCAAUUCUCAGAACGAGGACGGCGAAGUCGUUGGCGAAGCCUUUGAUCAGAAGCGUCCAAGCUUACAUGACCUCAGCGGUCAGACUGUGAAGAUGGACGCCGCGUGGCGAAGACACUUGGCAAAUGUCAGAGUUCACAUCAGGGACUUGGGGAUGGAAUUUGCCGCAGGCCGGACCGCCAGCAAUGUGAUGGAUUCCAGGAAGGUCACUGAGAGCAAAGCAACUCAACUCAAAAAUCAGCCGGGGAGAUAGGAUGGUUACAAAUGACCCCUGACCUUUGACAAACAUUUUUGGGAAGGACGACAUUCUUUUUUGGACAAAACAGCCAUCAUCAAAAUCAAUCAUCCACCAGCCAUGCAUUCAUUCCUCCAUUUUCGUCAUUCGGGUCACGAGUGAGCUGGAGCUGAUCCCAGCCGACGUUACACAUUUGACUGGUCGCCAGCCAAUCACGGACCGACCGUCCAACCAACCCAUACGAGGUGCUUAUGCUGUACAUCAUGUACACAGUCAAUAUUUAUGAGUGUGAACAAAAUAAUCGUUAUGCUCUGUAUACUCUGUUGGUUGUCAGUUUCAUGCGAUUUCAGUGGUAAAUUUGUUCCAAUUCGGGAAUGUCGUUUGCUAUAUUGAUGUGGUUUUGUAUUCUGCUCCCCGUUGACUUUUUGUGCCACUGCCCAACUUUAUGCCUCAUCGAAUAAACACAAAGGAGCAGAAAAGGAA